AUGGCAACAGAAAAAGAAGCUAUGGGAAGUCCAGCCGGCAUCGCGCUGAUCCCGUGGGACCCGGCCAGCCCUGGGCACGCCGACCGCAUGAAGAUACAGCGGCAUGCGUGUGGCUGGGAUGCCGACAAGGUGCCUUACUGGCAGAAGAAGGUCGCCGCCGGUGACAAGCUCCUCUUCUGGAUCGUCCUGGAGCGAGGCGACAUGGAAGACGCGCUGUUGUUGGCGGGGCGUGCGGCUGGCGCGGCCGAGGGGGAGCCCCUGAGGGACACGGCGGCGCAGGUGGGCAGGACGACGCGGACGGCAACGGGAGAAGCGUUUAUUCCGAUCGGACACAUUGCAUUGGACGAGUAUCCGAAGAGGAACGUGCUGUUUGGGCUACCGAUGGCGACGCUGUGGAUCAAGUCGCUUUACAUUUCCACAGCUAUACAGUCGAGCGGUCUCGGGCGGAAGGCGAUGGCGCAGGUCGAGACGAUGGCGGCCGGGGCGCCGUUUCGCAGCGCGGCGCUGGCGCUGGACACGACGCACCCGGAAUGGCACCGGCGCGAGGGGAGCCGCCGGCUCUACGGCACGGAUGAGCCGCCGGCGGGGGCGCCGCCGAUACACACCAACCACGCGUGGUACGCGCGGCAGGACUACUUGGACAUGGCGUUGCCGGAGGCGGAGAAGGAGGAGGCGUGCGCGAGGGCGGAGGGGAGGGAGUCGUUGGGGUAUUAUAAGAAUACAGACCCGGAGACGGGAUUGGAUGAGAGAAUUCCGACGACGUACUUGUAUAAGAUGAUUUGA